UAAAGUUCUAAAGGUAGUUUAUUUUGGGAACUGACCAUAAAUGUGAUUGUGAAAGUAGUUGAGGUGUUACAGAAAAGUUGACAGAGGUUCAUUUCGAGAGGAGGAACACUGAAUGCUCGUUUUUUAAAAAUGGAAUAUAGACUAUGACCGUUUCAGGCCGUGACGGACACUUGUUGUGCGCAGCGGUAAUGAACAGUUGUCCAUACCCAGAAGUCGAGCCUUGGAACGUUACGUUUCCAAAGCCCAAACCAGAACAGCUCCCCGAGCAUAAACCAUCUUCUGGCAGGACAUUUAAUGUAUUGCAGCUCAGCGACUGGCACGUGGACCCUGAAUACGAGCCUGGUUCCGAAGCAUUCUGUGACAAACCCAUCUGCUGUCGCCCUGCGUACACAGACUAUACUAACAUCACACAACCGGCAUCUCUGUGGGGUGAAUACAGCUGCGAUACACCUAUCAGUAUGCUUGAAUCCAUGUUGGAGUUUAUUCCUACCGUAGCUCCCAAUAUCGCCUUUGGCAUUCUGACGGGCGAUGUUCCACCCCACGAAGUCUGGUCCACAUUGCCAACCACCAAGACCCAGCUAAUCCAGGACCAUUCCUACAGCUUGCUGCAUCAGCACUUUGACUCACCUGAAUUGGUAAAUACGAUGCUCUAUCCCGCAGUGGGCAAUCAUGAGGCAGCCCCAACGAACAUGUUUCCUGUUAAGACAUCAAAGAUCCCAAUUGAGAACGAGCGGCAGUAUUUGCGACUGCAUUGGCUGUAUCACAGUUUGGCACAAAGCUGGCGAGGAUGGUUGUCGCAUCACACGAUAUCGCAUAUCGAACAAGAUAGUGCCAGCUAUGUCGCACGGCCUGUGGCUGGUCUUAAGUUAAUCAGCCUGAACACGAAUUUCUGCUAUACCAUGAACUGGUGGCUCUAUGAACAUCCUAUGGAGAAGGAUCCAAACGGUAUCUUGGAAUGGUUGAUUGAACAGCUGCAAGAGUCUGAGGACAAGGGCGAGCGUGCGUGGAUCAUUGGCCAUAUUGCUCCUGGAGAUAUCACUUGCUUCCAUGACUACUCGAAUUAUUUCCAGCAAAUCGUUGAGCGCUAUUCACCACAUGUGAUUACUGGUCAGUUUUACGGUCAUACCCACAAGGACGAAUAUCAAGUCUUUUACCGUAGGGGCGAGAAUCAAACAGCUGAAAACGCGAUAUCGAUGGCAUAUGUGGCACCGUCUAUCACGCCAUUUGACGAGAUCAACCCUGGUUUCCGAAUGUACCAAGUGGAUGCGGAAACGUUUGAAGUCGUUGACUCUAUUACAUACGUUGCCGAUUUGGAUCAAGCGCCUAACUGGCUCAAUGGACCUAAUUGGCACGUUGAAUACUCUGCAAGAGAAGCAUACAACUCAUCCACAGCGCCAUUGCACGACACAAGAACCCCACUAACUCCCGCGUGGUGGCACAAUGUAUCUGUUUCGAUGGAAGAAGAAUCUGGAGUAAUGUUUGACAAAUACUGGAAUCAUCGUGUCAAGUCUUCACCGUAUGUGCCUGAAUGCGACGAAGAGUGUCAAUAUACCAUAAUAUGUGGUAUCCGCGCUGGUAAUUCUGAGCACCGUUGUGAUUAUGAUCCGGAUGUGCUUUUCAACGGCGGCAAGGGAAGAAGGAAACCGGUGGAGGAGCAUGCGUGUGGCAUUAAUAUGAUGGGUGUCAAGACUCGUCGCAUCGAACAACAACAACAACAACAGAAUAAGUGAAUAGUAUAGGCUAUUUCCCCCCCCCCCAUCCCACCCUUCACCAUGUAAUAAUUUUAGAAAAUCAUAUUAAUUCUCUUUUUCGUG